AUGAGGCAGGCGAUUAGGGUUCCCGGCCUUGGACGGCUGUCUAGGCCCUUCGCGAGCUCGGCGCCGCGAGCUCCGUUCCGUGCCGCGUCUGCUGGACUUGGGCGAUAUGAGAGGGGAUCAUCAGCGCUGGGAAGCACAUCUCCGCAGGCGGCUGUGUGGGCAGGACUCGGGAGUGCGGGAUCGCGGAGGUGCUUCAGCAGCAGCAAGAAGCGCGUUUUUGAGGCUGGGGAGACGCCGUCGUUUGCUUUCGCGUUUGACAUCGACGGUGUCUUGUUGCACGUAGCAAAGCCGAUCCCCGGCGCUGCCGAGUCUCUGCAAUUUCUCAACGAUAACAACAUCCCGUUCAUCCUCUUGACAAACGGUGGAGGUAAGACCGAGGCUGCCCGCGUGCAGGAUCUCAGCAACAAGCUCGGUGUGCAACUCUCGGUCGACAACUUCGUCCAGUCGCACACGCCGUUCCAGGAGCUUGUCCAAGGACCCGAGGGUCUCGGUGACAAGACCAUUUUCCUGACCGGAGCCGAUGCCAAGAAGUGUCGAGAGAUUGCGAAACUGUACGGCUUCAAGAAUGUGGUCACGCCCGCAGACAUUAUCGCCGCGCAUCCCGACGUUUUCCCCUUUGAGCGCCUCAUGAAGCAGGUUUACGCCGACACCCACGAGCCGCUGCCCAAGCCGAUCCACUCGGGCAACAUGCGCGACGAGGACGCUCUCAAGAUCGACGCCAUGUUCGUCUUCAACGACCCCCGCGACUGGGCGCUCGACAUCCAGAUCAUCGUAGACCUGCUGCUCUCGCGUAAUGGUCUCCUGGGAACCUACUCUUCAAAGAACGGCGACAAGUCCCUGCCGAACAACGGCUGGCAGCAGCAGGGCCAGCCGCCUCUCAUCUUCUCCAACGCUGACCUCUUUUGGUCGACGACGUACCAUCAGCCGAGGUUCGGCCAGGGAGCUUUCCAGGCUGCCGUUGCCGGUGUCUGGUCGCAGGUGUCGGGCGGGACGGAGCUGCAGCGGACGGUAUUUGGCAAGCCGUUCGCGACGACGUACAAGUAUGCCGAGCGCGUGCUCAACUCGCAUCGACAGGCGCUUCUUGGAAAGAGCGGGCAACAGGGGACGGCGCCGUUAAAGACUGUGUACAUGGUGGGAGACAACCCGGAGAGCGACAUCCGUGGAGCCAAUGAUUUCAGCAGUAAAGAGACGGAGUGGGCGUCGGUGUUGGUGAAGACGGGCGUUUGGAGCCAGGAGAGGGGCGAGCCUGCGCAUAAGCCCAAGAUGAUUGUUGAUGAUGUCAAGGGGGCGGUUGAGUGGGCGUUGAAGAGAGAAGGCCGGCCGGUGAACAUCUAG